GGUUGGCGCCUGUCCAGCCCCGAGCCGCCUCGGGGACGCGCGCCCGACGUCAACCGCAUGGACUACGUCAUCGCGCCGUGCGAGCUCCCAGCCACGAUCGACGCGCGGACGCUGACGGCGCUCGAUGCCUGCCACCCUCCCAGCGUCGUUCCACGCGGCGAGGAAGGCACCCGGGGCCCCGUCGUCGAGAUCGUCGCCGCGCCCGCGUCGUGGCUCCGCGCCCGGCGCCCCUCGGGUCCGUCGGACAACGGACGAUCCAACAGGGACGUCGAAACAGCCGACGGGCACGGGGAUGAACCCACCGGGAUGGACCACCCUCGAACCUACCUCGGACGUCUCACGUCUCAUCACGCGUCUCACCGCGACGGCGCUUCGUCGGUGGCGGUGCGUUACGACGCUCGCACGGCGGCGGGUGCGAGCGGAGCGGCGGUGUUCGAGACGAGCGAAGACGGGACGUAUCGAAGGCUCGUCGCGAUGCACCGGGCGGGCGAUCCCGCCGCGGAGGUAUCCGCCGCAGCUAAGCACGCCGAGGGAUUGAGCAUCGCCGAUAUCAUGAGGGACGUGUCGGAGAUCACGGCGGAGAGAGCCGUGCGAAUCGGCGCGAGCUCGGGUGAUUUGCGACCCGCGGCGAGCGAGCUGCUUCUCCGACGGGGAGCUGCUACCGCCGACGGGUACGAGUCGCGGGGUCGUCGCUGUCGCGCCGCCGCCGCCGCGUUGCGCGCGGCGGCCGAACACCCGCAUCGCGCGUCGCGUGCGGCGUGUGAUCUUUCCGGCGGCGGCGGCGACGUUCACGAGGGAGCGGACGCCUUGCUCUCCGCGCUCGAAGAAUGGAAGGAGCUGUCCGCGACGAGGUCCGUUCGAUUCGCAGACGCCGCCGCGCAUCUGGCUGGUUCACUCGCUCGAGCGGAGCUCGGAGGUCCCUUGCGUUACGAAACCGACCAACUCCUGCUGGACGUGCUGUCGAAGCACGACGAGGUUGAAGCCAUCGUCUCCAAGACUCUUUGGGCACUGAGACUGAGGAUGAAGCGUCGCGGCGGAGUUAACCCUGCGUUGGAUCAGCUGAUAGAGCAGACAACGUCGAGACUGAGAGGGGCUCGGAAUGAUGGUGAGGAAUCGUCUGUGCACCGCGAGUUGUUACUACUCGAUGCAUUGAUGACCUCGAAGCGACACACGAUAGCGUAGCGUUAACCGUAGUGAGUGAUUUGUCGAGAGGUUUCUUC